AUGUCCAUGAGGAGCCCCGUUUCUCCCCACCUGGAGCUUGAUGGAGCGGGCAGCAUGGUGAACUGCACCGUCAAGACGGAGGAGAAGAAGGAGGGUGGCUACGAGUCCCCGCCGGGGGCCGAAAAAAAACGUCCCAACGACCCGCCGGGGCCACCACCGAGGGAGGGCACCGACCCCCAGGCUCUGCCACAGGAGUCCCGCUCGCCCGCCGGCGAUGCGCCGGAGCCCAGGCGCUCUGCCUUCGAGCCGGCCGUCAGCGGCCAGGAGAAGCUGGACUUCAACAGGAACCUGAAGGAGGUGAUGCCAACCAUCGAGAAGUUACUGUCCAGCGACUGGAAGAGGGAGCGGCUGCUGGGCAGAAACACCGCUGAGUCCAAAGAAGUGAAGGGAACCCAGGAGAGUCUGGCGGAGAAGGAGCUCCAGUUACUUGUCAUGAUCAACCAGCUGUCCACGCUGCGGGACCAGCUCCUGACGGCCCACUCGGAGCAGAAGAACAUGGCCGCGAUGCUCUUCGAGAAGCAGCAGCAGCAGAUGGAACUGGCGCGGCAGCAGCAAGAGCAGAUCGCCAGGCAGCAGCAGCAGCUCAUCCAGCAGCAGCACAAAAUCAACCUGCUGCAGCAACAGAUCCAGCAGGUCAACAUGCCCUACGUCAUGAUUCCUGCCUUCACCCCCAGCCACCAGCCUCUCCCCGUCACUCCCGACUCCCAGUUAGCGCUGCCCAUCCAGCCCAUCCCCUGCAAACCAGUGGAUUACCCGGUUCAGCUGCUGCACAGCCCCCCUCCUCCCACGCUGAAGAGACCCGCCGGCUCGGGCCACCUCCAGAUGCAGGAGACCUCUCAGCCACUGAACCUGACAGCCAAACCCAAAGGUUCUGACCUCCCCAGUGCCUCCAGCUCACCCGGUUUGAAGAUCACCAGCUGCCAGUCCCUCACGCCGAGCCACGGGGCCACCAGGGACCUGCAGACCAGCCCGUCCAACCUCCCUCUGGGGUUCCUGGGCGAAGGCGAUGCCAUCACCAAAGCCAUCCAGGACGCGCGGCAGCUGCUGCACGGCCACAGGGGAUCGCUAAGCAGCCCCUACCGCAAGGACCACGUCGGGAUUGAAUCUUCCCCAGUGAAGGAGCGGAUGGAGGAGACCCCUGCCCACCGGCUGGACGAGGCUCUGCUGACCUGUGAGAUGGACGGCUCACGGCACUUCCCCGAGUCCAGGAACAACAACCACAUCAAGCGGCCCAUGAACGCCUUCAUGGUGUGGGCGAAGGACGAGAGGAGGAAGAUUUUGCAGGCCUUCCCUGACAUGCACAACUCCAGCAUCAGCAAGAUCCUGGGCUCCCGGUGGAAGUCCAUGACGAACCAGGAGAAGCAGCCCUACUAUGAGGAGCAAGCCCGGCUGAGCCGGCAGCACCUGGAGAAAUACCCCGACUAUAAGUACAAGCCCCGACCCAAACGCACCUGCAUCGUGGAGGGGAAGCGGCUGCGCGUGGGCGAGUACAAGGCGCUGAUGAGGAACCGGCGGCAGGACGCCAGGCAGGGCUACUUGAUAGGGCCCCAGGGCACCCAGAUGCCCCCCGCCUCCUCAGACGUGCUGUACCAGCGGCCGGUGGGCAUGCAGCUGACCCCUCCCCUGAUGGAGCACUACCUGCCCCGCAGCGUGGACCCCAGUAUGCCCGUCAUCGUCAACACGCGCAGCCUCAAGGAGGGCGAC